UAAGAUUUGUUUGGUUAUCGAAAUUCCAUCGCAUUCGCGUCUGGAAUGUAAACUCACCAUAAAUAGAAGAAAAUUGAAACGAAAUACAUCAAAAAUGAAGAAAGUAUUUAGUUUAACUGAAAAAACCCAUGGACAGGGCCAGAUAUUCUACAGUUGGCAAAAAACACUUGGAAACUAUUUAGCCACAACAGGACAAAAUCAUUCUGUGCGAAUCUAUGACAGACAUGGAGAGAUUAAAGGAGAGAUCAAAUUACCAGGUAUGUGUACUGGUAUGGGAUGGGAUCAAGAUGGUGAUAUCCUGGCUGUUAUAUCAGAUAAAUCUACUGGUAUAUUCUUCUGGGAUGCUAAUCAACAUAAAACAUCACAAAUAGAUAGUGGUCUCAAAGAUACUAUGACAUUUUUAUUGUGGUCUAAAUCUGGUCCACAACUAGCUGUUGGUACUAUAAAAGGCAAUCUGUUGAUCUAUAAUAGUAAAACAACAAAAAAAAUACCAAUUCUAGGAAAACAUACAAAGAAAAUCACAUGUGGUGACUGGAGUCAAGAGAAUUUGUUGGCACUCGGCAGUGAUGACAGGACAGUGACAAUCAGUAAUGUUGAUGGUGACACUAUUCGUCAAACAAGUCUGCGAUAUGAGCCGUCUGAUAUCGAGUUUUCUGAAAUGAAAGGUGAUGAAAGAAGUGCUAUUGGUGAAAAUACAGUUAGUAUUAUAAAUGGAAAGAAGACGCUAUAUCUCUAUAAUCUCAAUGAUCCUGAUAAUCCUAUAGAAUUAGCAUUUCAACAACGAUAUGGUAACAUAGUGUCGUAUAGAUGGUUUGGUGAUGGCUAUAUUCUAAUUGGAUUUUCUCAUGGAUUUUUUGUUGUCAUUUCAACACAUCUGAAAGAAAUUGGUCAAGAAUUGUUUCAAGCUAAGAAUCAUAAAGAUAGUUUAACCAGUAUAGCUUUAUCUACAGCCUAUAAUAAAGCUGCUUCAUGUGGUGAUAACUGUAUUAAAAUCCAUGAUUUAUCUGAUUUGAAAGAGAUGUACGCCAUUAUAACAUUGGAAGAUGAAAGAGGAUUGGAUAAAAUAUCCUGGACAGAUGACGGACAGCUACUCGCAUUGUCUACUCAAAAAGGAAACCUUCAUGUUUAUCUAUCCCGUCUGCCUAUGUUGGCAGCCGUCUCUCAGACACGUAUAGUUCACCUGACAUCAUUACUGGAAGUUACAAUCGAAGAUAAUAUCCUACAAGAUAAACCAAUAUCAUUUGCUAUUGAAGUGGAACCAUCAUUUGUAGGAAUCGGACCAUAUCAUCUAGGCGUUGGUAUGAAUAAUAGAGCCUGGUUUUAUGCCUUAAAUGAUCAAGGUCCAGAACAGUUAAAAGAUAGAGAAUAUCUAGGAACAGUUCAAUCAUUAAAACUCAACUCAGAUUAUGCUGCUGUUAGUUUUGAAGGCAAAGUACAGCUUCAUCUGAUUGAAGGGGAGGCAACUGGUACAGCAGAAGAAAGAGAAUCUCAGUUAUUUCCUGGACCUGAACAGAAAAAUGUUAAAAUAACUUGUCAUGAUUUAACAACAGAUUUCCUUAUAUACGGAACAGAUACUGGUAAUAUCAACCUGUUUUAUAUAGAAGAUUGGCAGUUUGUCAAUGAGUUUCGACAUAUUGAUGGUAUCAAGAAAAUCUACCCUGAUCCAUCUGGUACCAGACUAGUCUUUAUAGACGGUAAAAGUGAUGGCUUUGUAUAUAAUCCUGUAAAUGAUCAUAUAGUUGAAAUACCAAACAUUACCUCAUCUGUUGAAGGUGUUCUAUGGGAAAACUGGCCUUUAGAUAAGGGUGUAUUUAUUGUGUUUGAUAGUGAAAUGAUCUAUACCUACGUAUAUUGUCGGGAAUCUGUUAAUGGUUCACAAGUAUUUCUAGCAGGAACUACUAAAUUACCGUAUGGCCAGAUUCCUAUUUUAUUAUAUAAUGGAGAACUAACAGUACAGACACAGAAUGGCCGUUUGGCACAGAUGACACUAGAUACACAUAUUAAUAUAUAUCAUGAAAAUCCACAAACACUUACUGGUCCUGAGUUAAAGGCUGCAGGAGAACAGUGCAUUAAGUUACGGAGAUUUAAAGAUGCAUGGAUAUUUUCACACCAUCUCAAUGAUAAAUCUUUAUGGGUGGAACUAGGUAAAGCAGCUCUACAAAGUAUGGACAUUGAUUAUGCUAUUCGUGUAUAUAGAAAUGUUGGUGAUGUUGGUAUGGUGUCAUCACUACAGAAAAUAAAGACAAUAGAAGAUAAGAAUCAAUUAUCAGGAUAUAUAGCCAUGUUUCUAGGAGAAUUUAAUCUAGCUCAAGAUUUAUUUCUAGCUUCUGGUUAUCCUCUAGGAGCUUUAGAGAUGAGACGAGAUUUACAUCACUGGGAUAGUGCUCUACAGUUAGCUAAGGUACUGGCACCAGAACAGAUACCUUAUAUAUCCCGGGAAUACGCUCAACAGUUAGAAUUUACUGGGGAUUAUAUGAAUGCGUUAUCACAUUAUGAGAAAGGUGUAACUAAAGAUGAGAAAGAGAGAGAUCAUGAUGAAGUAUGUGCUGCUGGUAUUGCCAGGAUGUCUAUUAGAAUGGGAGAUAUAAGAAGAGGAGCUGCCAUGGCUAUGAAGAUGCCGAGCAAAAGUUUAAAGAAAGAGUGUGCUGGUAUAUUAGAAAGUAUGAAGCAAUGGUCGGAGGCAGCCAUGUUAUAUGAACAAGGUCAUUUCUAUGAUAAAGCAGCGUCUGUUUAUAUACGUAGUAAAAACUGGAAUAAAGUAGGUGAGUUAUUACAGAAUAUUACAUCACCUAAAAUACAUGCUCAGUACGCUAAAGCUAAAGAAGCAGACGGAAGAUAUAAAGAUGCAGCAGAAGCUUAUAAACUAGCUAAAGAAUGGGACAAUGUUAUUAGAAUUAACUUGGAUCACUUACAGAACCCAGAAGAAGCAGUAAAGAUUGUUCGAUCAACACAAUCUGUAGAAGGAGCUAAAAUGGUGGCUAAAUUUUUCCAGAAAUUAAAUGACUAUGGUUCAGCUAUACAGUUUCUGGUUAUGUCUAAAUGUAAUGAUGAAGCUUUUCAACUUGCUCAAACUCAUAAUCAGAUGGAAGUGUAUGCUGAUAUUAUAGGACCAGAUGCUACACCAGAAGAUUAUCAAUCUAUUGCUGUUUAUUUUGAAAAUGAGAAAAAUAAUUUCUUAGCUGGUAAAUUCUUCUUAUUGAGUGGACAAUAUACUAAGGCUAUGAAACAUUUCCUGAAAUGUAAUAGUGAAGAUUCUCAAGCUAUAGAUUUAGCUAUAGAAACAGUUGGUCGUGCUAAUGAUGAACAACUAACUCGACAGUUAAUAGAUUAUCUGAUGGGAGAAACAGAUGGAAUGCCUAAAGAUGCUAGAUAUUUGUUCCGAUUAUAUAUGGCUUUAAAACAAUUCCGUGAAGCAGCAAGAACAGCUAUUAUCAUAGCUAGAGAGGAACAAAAUGCUGGUAACUAUAGAAACGCUCAUGAUGUGCUGUUCAGUAUGUUUCAAGAACUUAAACAGAACAAGAUUAAAAUCCCCGCUGAAAUGCAGUCAAAUUUAAUGAUUCUACACAGUUAUAUUCUUGUCAAGAUGCAUGUUAAAAGAGGAGACCAUAUGAAAGGUGCUAGAAUGUUGAUUAGAGUAGCAAAUAAUAUCAGCAAAUUUCCAUCACAUAUCGUCCCCAUUUUAACAUCAACUGUUAUCGAAUGUCAUCGAGCUGGAUUGAAAAAUUCCUCAUUUAGUUAUGCAGCCAUGUUAAUGAGACCUGAAUAUCGUGAUCAGAUAGAUUUUAAAUACAAGAAAAAGAUUGAAAUGAUCGUCAGACGACCUGAUAAAUCAGAAGAAGAAGAACCGUUGACAUCAUGUCCUGUUUGUUCUUUUCAACUACCAGAGACUGAUUUACUCUGUCCAGAGUGUCAAAACAAUCUGCCAUAUUGUAUUGCUACAGGUCGUCAUGUUUUAAAAGAAGAUCUGACAGCUUGUCCUUCAUGUGAUUUUCCAGCGAUUUUAACAGAAUUUUCAAGUUUGUUGGAGAGUGAAGAAAAUUGUCCAAUGUGUAGUGAGAAAGUAAAUAAAGAUGUACUACAGAAGAUUGUUGAUACCCAACCUUAUCUGGCACCUUCUGAAGGAACUGAAUAAAUCAAUCAGAUAAAUCCAAGAAAUAACAUUACAAGCUUGUCAUUCACUAAUUUUAUAUUUACCUUUCUAUGUAUUGUAUUAUGUAAUUAAUACACUUGUCUAAUACAUAGGACAAAAUCCAUAUCAUACUUUAAAUACAUUCAUUUUAAAUCCUGUCUCCAAUUAAAUUGAAUAUUUAAUAUUGAUGAGAAAUUUUUCCUAAAGAAGUUUAUUCAAUUUGCAGUCUUGUCCAUAUCCAAGUAACAAAAAAAGAACUACCAAUACCGAAUGGCAAAGACAAUGCAACCAUUCUAUUCACUAUUUAAAUUAUCCGUCCUCUCAUGGCUUUAAUUAAAUAUUUUAUCAAUAUUAGUUGUAUUUAUUUAUUGUACAAAAGUCAUCAAUGAUAUAUAUAUAUAUAUAUAUAUAUGGUGUAUG